AUGUUUUGGAAUAACGGUGUAAAUGAUGUAGUUGUAUUGGUUAACUGUGGACAAAAGCAAAUGUUGUAUGUAGCGGAUUGGUACGACCCAGCGAAUAACUGCGGGGAAAUGGUAAAUAACGUCAAGUGUCAAGAUUGUAACGAACCGAUUACAAUAAUUAGUGCUCCUAGCACUACACUAAACCUCAACGGGUGUCCAGUAUUCUUGCUAGUAAAGCAACCAGGUCGACCACACUAUUAUCCUGCUGUGCGAUACGAAUUCUUUCUUUUUAAACUAUUGGCACAACAUUAUAAUGGAACACCUCUGGCAUUACCAGUCAGAAGUAUGGAAGAAGGCCAAGCCCACAUAAUGACUAGCAAGAUAAUGUUGCAACCUACAAAUGCAGUAUGCUUAGAUCGUUAUAGCUUAUCUCAUUCUACUUAUAGUGCCGAAAUUAUUUGGGUGGUACCAAAAGCUAAACCAGUUCCCGCAAUUCGUAAAAUAUUUGUAACCUUCCAACCGGUUCUGUGGUUUAUGAUCAUGGUGGCAUUUAUUGUGACCACGGUUGUUUGGUGGUGUAUACUGUCAUGGAAUAAACGCAACUUGAACUUGGAAAACUUGGCAAUCGCGGCAACUGAUGUCAGCUCGCUUACGAUAUUUGGCUUAGUUGCAAACGUACCAGUAGGGUUUGCCCUACGUUGCCUUUUAUUAACAUACCUUAUUUACAUUAUCCAUAUAAAUUGUGGUUUCACGUCAAAUUUGAUUACGAUACUAACAGUUACGCAAUACCAGCAUCAAAUUAAUAACUUAGAAGAAUUGGCAGAUGCGAACCUAUCUAUAUACAUGGAGUCAAGCUUCAUGAAAGGAUAUUUCAAACCGAAUUAUGGCUGCUAUGGUCUUUGUGAAAAAUUGCAAAGGUUAUUAGUUCCAAUUUCUUCAAAACCUCAAGAGCAUAUUAACGUUCUGAACUGUAUACAUGAAUAUGGUGACCGGGCUGGAGUAAUGGUGUAUACUGAUUUCAUCCAAUAUCAAUUCACUAUGAUGAAAAAAUUGAACGUGCACCUAAUUACCGAUAGUUCUGUAACAGGAAAAAUUGAAUAUGCGAUUCAUCACCGGCGUCACCAUCACUUUGCUCCAUAUUUAAACUAUUUUCUGGAUUUGCUCAGAGAUUCUGGAAUUAAGAAUAAGCAAUUGGAUGAUUACCAAACCGAUUUUACAAAAGAACGAGAUAUUUUCAAUGCUGAACAACCAAAAGCAGUGGUCUUGACAUUGGGUCACCUUUAUUUCACGUUCGUCUUACUUGGAAUAGGCAUCAUAGUCUCUGGAGCAGUUUUCUUCAUAGAACUUACACUGCAAUCGUAUUCAACUCACUAA